GUACUGUUUACAGCUGUGAAAACUGUUUACCAAAUCCAGACAAUACAACAGACAUUUGUAACGUCACUUCCGGACACUGCUUACAUGGAUGCAUCAAAGGCUUUUUUGGUUUGAAUUGCUCAUACGAUUGCCCGAAAAACUGUAUAAAAUCAUCAGGGGAAAACGAAACCGAUUGUGAUAAUAUUACGGGAGAAUGCCUUAAUGGGUGUACCAAAGGACAUGCAGGACCAAACUGUUCCUAUGAUUGUCCGGAGAACUGUGCCCCUCCCGAAAGCAAUGAAAGCCAAAUAUGUAAUGAAACGUCCUUUGACUGUUUAUGCGGUUGUAAGAAUGGUUUCUAUGGUAACCAAUGUAAUAAAUCGUGUUCUUUAACUGACAAAUACUGCAGUGAAUGCUACGAGGAGACAGGUAGUAGUGGAACAAUUUGUACACAAUGUUACAAGAAUUUCUAUCGUCUCAAUGGAAAAUGUGCUUCCUGUAAUUAUUGGUGCUUGCCGAAUGUGACUAGUUCUCUGUCAAUAUGUAGAGAACAUUCGGGGUACUGUGAAUUCGGAUGUCGACCUGGUCGCUAUGGUUUCCUGUGCAACGACCGAUGUAGUGAUUCCUGCAUGGAUGUUUGCGAUAGACAGAAUGGGAAGUGUUUGACAGGAUGUAAGUAUCAAAUCAAAUGUGGUCCAACAUGUAAAGAAAGUUGUAAUGUAGGUUGUUUGUACCAACUUUGUAACCAGUCUUGCGCAUGCGUAAAGGGAUGUGACAAAGGAUACUGGGGAGACCGAUUGCCAAUAUCUCUGUAG